AUGCGCGCGUCCGUUCCCUUCCGGCUCGCACAGCUGCGCCCGCGUGUGCAUGUGCAGAAACGCUUCGCGUCGAGCACACCCGGCGGAGGCUUCAACGUGAACACGGCGGAGGCGCAGAAGAAGGCCGAGGAGGCGGUGGCCGCGGCGGGCAAGAGGCUCGGGCAGGCGGUGGAGGUGGGCAAGAAGUACAUGGGCCCCGUCGGCGAGAAGGCUGGGAGUAUGCUCGGGUCCUACCGAGAGCCUCUCCUGUACAAUCUCUCCGUCGCACGCGAGUUUCUGAAGCAGGUCUACGUCGCGGAGCGCCUCCAGCCACCAACAUCGCUGCCCGUGUUCCAGCACGCGUACUCCACCCUCUGGUCGCGUGCGAGCAACCCCGCGUACUGGCGCGAGCUCGUGCGGUCGGGCGACUGGACAAAAGUCGGCGUGUAUGCGCUUGAGGCGUACGGUAUCUUCAAAAUUGGAGAGAUCAUUGGGCGGAGGAGUCUGGUCGGAUACAAAGUGGAAUGA